UCGACAACGGUAACAUCCAGCGGAAGUAAACAAACCCAAAGCUAACAGCGUUAGCCAUUAGCUCAGUUCCGUUCUGUUCGUGUGUCGCAGGUAAAACAUUCCAGUUUUGUUGUUUUUAGCGAGGCAGCGAUGUCUUCGCUUACGUAUUUGAGACAUUUAAUCUGCGAGCGACUAACUGCUGCUGCCGAGGAAAUAUUCACGCACGUCGAAAGAAUCGUCGUCGAGUACGAGGACGAGGUGGAUCGUCAGCGCAGACUGUUGGAGGUCGUUUGUAAACCCCACGACAGGUCACAACGAUCAGAGCUUCCACAGCAGAAUGUCUGGAAUGAGGAGGAGGUUCUCAGUGACCAGCAGCUCUGGAACUGCAAGGAGAGGAACUCCAGUCUGGACCAAGAGGAACCCUUGUCUCUACAGAUUAAAGAGGAAGACGAGGAAAUCUGCACCAGUCAGGAGCAGUUUGAACUGAAGCAGGAGGCUGAUACCUUUAUGCUGACUCCUGAUGAUGAAGAAAGUGAUCACAUGGAACCAGACUCUGACCACCAGUUCCUCUCUCACAGCCCUCCUAUAUUUGAGAGUCAAGAUCAGACAGGAAGUAAAAAAGCAGAAAUAACCAUCAACAAGUCUGAGGAAGAGGUGGAUCAUCAGCGCGUACUGUUGAAAAUUGUCUGGGAACAUGUAAUGUCGCAACAGAUAGAGCUUCCACAGCAGAAUGUCUAUAAUGAUGAGGAGGUUCUCAUUGAUCAGGAGAGGAACUCCAGUCUGGACCAAAAGGAACCAGAGUCUCUACAGAUUAAAGAGGAAGAGGAGGAAAUCUAUACCAGUCGGAAGCAGGAGCAGCUUGAACUGAAGCAGGAGGCUGAUACCUUUAUGUUGACUCCUGAUAAUGUAGAAAGUGAUCACAUGGAACCAGAACCAGGCACUGACCACCAGCUCUCUCACAGCCCUCCUAUAGUUAAGAGUCAAGAUAAGACAGUCCACAUUAGAGAAAUUAGAAGUAAAAAGUCCCAUAUGUGCAACAUUUGUGAGAAAUCCUUUGUGAGUAAAGGCCACUUGAUUAUCCAUGAAAGAACUCACACUGGUGAGAAGCCCUAUAUUUGUAACAUUUGUAUGAAAAGCUUUGCAGAAAAAGGCAACUUGGUGAACCACAUGAGAACUCACACGAGUGAAAGGCCUUAUUCUUGUGAAACAUGUGGAAAGUGUUUUCGGCAAAUUGCGCCUUUGAUACAGCACAGAAAAACUCACACGGGUGAGAAGCCCUACGUUUGCAGUGUUUGUAAUGCGUGCUUUGGUCUCAAAAGUACCUUGAUAAAACACACGAGAACCCACACGGGUGAAAAGCCAUUCAAUUGCCACAUUUGUAAGACAUACUUUGGGCAUAAAAGCAGCUUGAUUAAACACAUGAGAACCCACACAGGUGAAAAGCCAUAUAGUUGUGAACUGUGUGGAAAGUGUUUUCGUCAAAGUUCUCAUUUGAUUCUCCACAAAAGAACUCACACAGGAGAAAGACCCUAUGCUUGCAGCAUUUGUGAGAAAUGCUUUGUGCAAAAAAACACCUUGAAGAAACACAUGAGAACGCACAGGUGAGGCGCCAUAUACCACUGUAGCACCGUUAAAAGUUUUAAAAAGCAUUAAUGCAUGCAUUUCAAACUUAAUGAAAAGGUUGCUCGUGUGACACCUCAUUUAAACAGAGUCCAACACAUCACAUACAAGCAGAGUAGUGUUUUGUGUUUCCAGCAUUUAUUUGCAGAGAUUUAUCAACAAACCACACAGGAACUGCUGAGUGAAGAGAGAAUCAACUGCAGCCUUUGUAGGAAGAAACGUCACAGUAUCUGUAGCAGUGUCUUUAGAUUUUAUAUAACUACUGAAAUCUUUUGUUUUAUAAUUUUUAUAUGAUGCUUGUCCUUAUUGAAACUGUAUUUCUGUCAAUUUUAUUUCUAGUCUGUUUUUCUUUUUUUACACCACCUGUUUAAUAAUUACUAUUAUUAUUAUUAUUGUUAUUGUUAUUAUUAUUAUUAUCAUCAUCAUUCUGUCAAUUACAGUCUCACUUUUAAUUUGAUGUUUAAAGGUCUUCUUCACUUGA